AUGAGAAAAUUGUUCAAAUUAAGGAGAUUGCGAUCUAAUUCAGAAACCGCAAGCAACGAUAGAGCAACUUCUAACGAUCGAAGAUUGAGUUUACCUUUAGGUGUUCAUGAUGCAGAGAACGAGAGGUCACCUAGUAAUAUAGUUAAUAAUGGUACUGAUGCGCGCUCUGAGUCGACUCUGUUAAAUGAUUCAGUAGCACUUUCAGAUGCAGAUACACUCUUGUUUGAUAGGAAGCAAAGGUUAGAACUACAAGACACUUACAAUGAAAAUUAUACUUCUUAUUUACCUUUUAUAUUACGUCAAAUGAGGUUGGGAACACUCUCAGACAGGAAUGAAGAUAGUAGUUAUAGUAAUGGAGAAUUAAGGGGCAAUAACCGACUUACGAAUAAUUUGAAUAUUCCAUCUUACGUUAAUGAUGUUAGCAGCCUUUAUGAUGACCAACCCACCAUUACGAAUGACUCACUUAUUGCGAAUGAGGCUACAAACUCAAUGAUCAUUAUGAAUCGAUCGUCUUCAAGUUACGACUUACGUCGAAGGUAUGUCCUUGUGGAUGAGUUUAUUAGAAAUAAUACCUAUAUGUUUGCUGAUGAAGAAGCUUUCAAAUUAUUCAAACAAUUGAAAUCAAAGAAAAAAGUAAAAACCACGCUACCGCAGAGCACAGUCGAUGGAGACGGAAGCCCCUCUGACUAUAUGAUUGCAAACCGUAUUGGGGCCAAUAGGUCGGAUUUAAUACCUCUAACAUAUAGGUUGAAAGGUAUGGGAUUACCAAUUUUUAAAAUUGUCACGCCUUACAUGUCAACAUUUAGAAAGAACUCUCCUUUCAUGGUGUUCAAAAGAUAUAAAGAAGCUCCUUCGCCUUCAAAAAAUCACAAUUCAAGCAAUCCCGAAGUGGAAACCGAUAUUGGGACCUACGACUUUUGUACGGUCAAUACUAAGCAUUUCAGUAUGUUCAAAAGAAUAAUAUUAACUUUCAAUCCACCAGAAGAGCUGGAAUUUAAAGUCUUGUUAUUCCAAUGCAACAAUCAACCUUUUGCCGAUUUUAUCUAUAAAAGCACCAGGUUUAGGGUCUUUGGAACAUCCAUAUUAAACAUGAGUAUGAUAUCCUACAAUGAUAACUUGAAACUUUUAAUAAUAGAUGAUGAUAAGCCAUCAAUGUGUGAUUCAAUAAUAAAUAAAAAACCUGGGUUUGAGAUAUCGUCACUAAUAAAAAAGCGCAAGAAUUCACUUGAUGAAAACGGUUCUAAUAAGAACAAAUCUACUGAAGACAUAAGUUACGAUCAGAACGAUCCUACUACAUUUCCGAAUCCAGUCCCUGAUCCAUCAAAUGUUUUACUUCAAGACCCAUUUUCAGAGUCAGUUCCAUCAAUGAAAAGUUUUAUCAGCGAUAGGAGUCCUCCGUUCGGAGAUUUGAAAGACUCAUCCGCAUAUAUCAACGAAACGAACUUGCUUCCGCGAAGAUAUUCGGAAAUCGGAAGAUUUGAUGUGUAUCAAGAUAGCAGGACUCUUAAUGGUAAGAAUCCAAGCAGCACAUUAUCUCUUGAUGUCGACAGUUUGGUUUUGACUUGCAUAGUGUUGACUUUGAGAGAGAUUGCCUUGAGAAAUUCUCCCAGAUCAACAAAUUUUUCAGUAGGUUUUGCUAACAGACUUGGAGCACUUUCAAUGCCUCCUGUUCAAUAUGCUCUGUUAUUAUGA